CAUAUAUUCACCCUCCAUCCUCUUUUUCCUUGCUCACUCCACUAUGCCUCGGCCUAAGCCACAAAUAGGUCCUGGCAAGUGGAUAGACACGCGUCGUCCAGACCAAAACUCAGCGACUAAACCUCCAUCACAGCGACCGCUGAGACCCCUUUCGUCUCAUGGGCUUCCCACGCCACCGACGACCGGUCUCAGAAAACGCGGAGAACUAUCCAAUCCAGGCGUCGAUGGAUCUGCGGAAGGAAAGAGGACUCCGAUGAGUCAUAAGCAAUCCAGCUUAAGUCGCUUCAUCAAGGGCAAGGGCCGUACAGAGAAGUUGCGAACAAAUGAAGACCGAAGCCCAUCCGGAGGAAGCGGAAGCCCACUGCCUCUUGGUGGCAAUCGCUCUGCGUUAAGAAGGAAGAGCAAGCUUGAAAUAUUCGAUGACAACUAUCAGGCCGACGAUACAUGGUCCAACGACGCACCACAAAGCCGAGAACGAGCGUCGACGCGACGAACAGUUGAAGAGCGCGACGAGAACCUUUUGACUAGUCGAAUAGGAAGAUUCUCAUCCAAAGUCAUAGCUCAGUCAAGAAGUGAGGGACGUACAAGAUCCAGGUCAAGGUCGCCUACGAAGCCGCCUCAGCAGGCUCUCCGUUCGCCUUCUCGAAAGCAUACACCGUCACCUUCCAAAUCUCCCCCACUAUUCCCCCCUCACACUCCUGUCGCUCUUGUCUCUCGUGAUGACCUCCUCCAGAGCGAAUCCAUGUAUUCACCUACCCCCGUUCCAGAGACCGACAUGAAAAGGCACCGUAGAAUGGCUGGUCAAGACGAAUCUACCAAAAGAAUAGUGGAGUCUCCUUGGAAAAAUGAUUUUCCUGAUCAGUAUUCUGAUGACAAUAAAAGAAAGAGGGAAAUUUCGCCCACUGAGUCUGAAAAGAUAAGACGGAGGGCAAAGGAGGUUUUCGAAGAGUACAAACUUGAAGAGUACAAACGAGACAAAAAUCGCCUUCGAGGCACGUCUUCCGACGAGAAUGCCCUUCCUAAACCUCCACCCAAGAAGCAGAAGAUAUAUUCGACACCUUCCGUACGAGCAAAAGUAUUUCGUCGAGAUCCUGUAGGGAAAGCUGGCCCCCCUAUUCCUACAAUCCUUCCGCGUGACGUCGGUCGCAGUUAUUCGCCGUUACCGAGAACCUCUGUCCUAAAAAGUAGUUCGCCUGAUAUGACGCCUGAAAUGGUCAAUCGGCGCACAUCACCAGGUCCCUCGCCCGGCAAAAGGCUUAAGAACAACUCUUCACCACUGAUUCCACCUUCGUCCCCGGCCGCAGCAGCGGUGCCGUCUUCCCCUUCUCAACAAAUGGGCCAGCCUCAAGUUACCGCGACAGUGAACAACCAGCCAUCCUCCGACCCUUUAAUGUUGAGACAUCCAGAUCCAUGCAUGAGCCACGAGGAAACGCUUCUCAUCGUUCCCACCAAAGCCAAAGCCCCAGAUCGAUCUAUCUCACCGCCGCUGAAUGGGAGUCAGGUCUGGUUCAAUCCAGGGGCUGAUGAAGCCAGACCGAUGCCUCCUACCAGUGAGAUAGAACGUGGUAAGGUGAUGCAUGAUGAACGCAAUGCGGGAAAUGUUGAACAUGUCGGCCCCGGAAAAAUAGUAGAUCCAGAGCUUGAGGACACACAAGGUUUCACUUUCAGAAUUCCUUCACCUUCGAAGACGGCAACGAUGUCUCUUGGCUCAACUCCGGUAAGGAGAAGUCAACGAAUAGCAAGCCAGCGUACAGCUUCUCCAUCCCCUCGGAUACCAGGUCGGGCGUCAGCUACGCCUAUAAAGUCGCCUAGACGGUCUUCUCUGAUGAAAACGCCUCCAAGUGGAAGACCUAGUCAAAAGGGUGUCAACCGAUCGGGUAAAAGAAGUCCGAGAUUGCCCUUCGGAUCCCAGUACGAAGCGGACGAUGAUAUCCCAUCGAGCCAUCCCGAUCUGGCCAAUACACUCCUCCCAGGGAUGUUCUCUGUAGGCUCGGAUCAAACAAUACCGGCCUCCCAAUCGUCGAAAGUAAAGUCCCCCUUACAACCAUUGCGCCAUAGCCAAGCUUCAGCCAAAAAUACGUCCCCGCUUCCUUCUCAGACGUCUCUCAACUCAUCUCAAAUGUCUCCAUCUCGAUCUCGGAACCAUCCCGCAUCAUUUCGAAUAUUUGAUGAGACCGGUUCUUCAGGUCUCGAGGAGACUGUUUAUUUUAGGGCAUUCAACAUCCCUUCCCCGCCGAAACAUUGCUUGACAGACAUGCUGCCUCCUAGCCCUUCGUUCCGUCGACACCCGUCACAACAUCACGGCACACAAAGGACAGGCUCCCUGGCGUCGCCUGUUGCUCCCGGUCAAUCGUCUGUUGAAGAGGCCAUGAGGCCUGGACCUUCACCUAUCCAGAAACUAUCCUCUAGUGCCCCAAAAGGACAGGGAAAACGCAAACUGAGGGGUGAUAUACCCUCUAACAAGUCAGGAGAGGUCCUCGUCUCUGGUUCCGACAGUUUCAGAGCUUCGCAACUGAAAUUCUCUCCGUCAAAAGAAGAAAGAGAUGCAAAAGAAGGGACAGAAGAAAGGGAUAACAAGAGGAUGAGAGUGGGAGACCCUGGGGGUUGGGAUGUGACAGAUAAAGAGGAUGAGGAGAACGAAAGCGAGCCAGUAAAAAUGACACCAUGGACAAGAGCAGCCGCUGCAAAAGCAACAGCUUCGUCGACCCCCAAUACGUCCACGCCCACGGCACGAAAAGGCAAUUGCAAAGCGACAACUAAGAAAACAAAAACUUCAGGGAAGAAAACAUUCGCACCAGCUCAAGAAAAAGCAGCUUAUCUCGAGUCGUUUGGAUUCUUCAAAACGAAAAAACAAAAAGUAAAGGGGUUUGAGUUCAAGACCUCUUUCGAUGAGGAGUUGGAUGUGGAGCCUGAGCAAUCAGACGACGAAGAGGUUCGAGGAAGCCAGGUGAUAACGGCAGCAAAGAGUGUCACAGGCUCUGAUAAGACACUGGCCAGAAUUCCAUCACCUCCUCCACAUCCCUCUUUGCGCCCUGCAGGCCUCCGUGAGCUCCGCCGUAGGAAAGCCGAGGAAGCUUCGCAAGCUGUACAAAGCAUUGAAUGUUUACCAGUGGCCACUCAGUCUUCAUCUCAGACUACUGCCACUCUUCCUCUUUCCCUUCCCCCCUCUUCCUUCCCGGAUACUCAAAAUAAAGCAGCAGCAGACGAAGACGAGAAGGAUGAAGAGCAUCCCUUGUUCGAAGAGUACAUCCGAUUGCGGGGGAGGCCAUCGUCCAGUCAAAUUAUGGCUUCGCAGAGGACGGGCGAGGGUUUCAGUUCGCAAAGUACGAGUAUGAGCCUAAGAACGCCCGCGAGCACAAGGGCAUACAUGACGGAGUUGAGAAAAGGUAGGGCAGGAUUGCCGAUGUCUGAUGAAGAGUGAUGAGUGUUUGUAUAUAUAGGUUGUAUUAAGCAUAGUCAUAUGUAUUGUGUAG